AUGCCGCAAGAAACUCCAGCGGCCGCCAGGCCUGCUCAAGAAGAGCGAGGCCAGUCCAUCUUCUACAAGAUUGCCCAAGCUCUUCUGAUGUGGUUUGGUGUUCAAAUGAUCAUGAAGCAAUUCAUGGGGGGAAACAAGGCGCAGACCACCACCCAAGUCAAAGAUGCCGAGGGAAAUGUCGUCGAGGUCCCCGCGAAUACCGCAGCGAUUCCUGCCUACCAGGCAAGGCCCAAGUCUCUCGAUGAAGGCGCAGUCUACGCUCGGAUCCCUGAGCGCAUUGCUCCCAUCUGGCCCACCGACAGCUCUCUCGAUGUCAUUGUGACAAUUUCUGAUACAUUCGUUCCGAAGCCCAUCGCCAAAACAGAGGAGCAGUAUCGUGUUCUUGAUGAGAAGGCUUUCAAGCUCAGCAACUACAGCGACAAGCGUGUCAUUGAGACUGAAUUCACCGUUCCGGCUGCUGUUCAGAAAAAUGGAACUCUAUGGGGUCACUUCUACGUCGGCUUGACUGGCACAAACUUGGAUCCCAAAGAACCCAACUUCGAUCCUGCGACCGCCGUCCACUUUGCCUACCCCCUGACCCAUUAUAUCGCCAAGAAAAAGGUCGCCAAGACCCGCAACCUGCUUGAAGGCAAGGACGAGAUCAUUGAAGAACCUGCCGAGGAACAAUCCACUGGUCCGGUCGUUGCGAGCUACUACCACCCCAACACGACCUUGUCAUUCAUUCCCGAUACUGGCAUCCUGGAUCUCCAGAAGGCUGCCGCACCUGUUCGCCAGUUUCUGAACCUAGAGCCAACUGGCGCGCGCGAUGGAACUGGUAAAAACUCCUGGUACUACCCGAUUUUGUAUGUCAACACGUUCUGGCAGCUUAAGACGCACAUGACCGUCCUCAAUGAGACCGUCCAGACGCUCCCUCUCCGGCUCGAUCUCACCAACUUGAGAAACUGGCAGUUCACCAUGAUGGCGACUGUUGACCUGAACUCGAAGGAACAGGCCCGCCAGGCCGCAUUGGGCAACUCAUCACCCGGAGGCGGUGAUGGUAGCGAGAUAGAGAUGAUCAAGGAGAUCUUUUUGGACACCAAUCCUUACCUCCUCGGUAUAACCGUCGUCGUCAGUAUCGUUCACAUGAUACUGGAGACGCUCGCCUUUGGAUCUGACAUUGCGCACUACCGCAAGAAGAAGGAUAAUGUCGGCAUUUCUGUCCGUUCCAUUCUGGCCAACGUCUUUAUGCAGACUGUCAUCUUCCUCUAUUUGGUGGACAACUCGCAGAACACCAGCUGGAUGAUCUUGGGUACUCAAGGUGUCGGUAUUCUUAUCGAACUCUGGAAGGUCACUACCGUCGUCGAUGUGCGCCUGCGGCCGAGUGCGCCUGGCUCGCUGCUUCCUUACUCCGUUGUUUUCGAAGAUAAGCACAAGCUGAGCGACACGGAGGAGAAGACCAAGGAAUAUGAUGAGAUCGCCUUCAAGUACAUGUAUUGGGCCGGCGUCCCGUUGCUCAUUGCAUACGGUAUCUACUCCCUGGUGUACGAUUCGCACAAGUCUUGGUACUCAUACAUCAUCACUACCUUGGUUGGAUCUGUCUAUGCCUAUGGUUUCUUGAUGAUGGUCCCAUCUCUUUACAUCAACUACCGCCUCAAGUCUAUAGCCCAUAUGCCCGGUAAGGCGAUGAUGUACAAGUUCCUGAACACUUUCAUCGACGACCUGUUCGCCUUCACCAUCAAGAUGCCCUUUUUGCAUCGUUUGGCUACGUUCCGCGACGACAUCAUCUUCUUCGUCUACUUGUACCAGCGAUGGGCCUACAAGAUUGACUACACUCGCGUCAACGAGUUUGGCCAGGGUGGCGAGGAUGAGCCUAGUGAGGAAGUCAAGGCACAGCCUAAGUCCUUGCCAAAGGCCGACCCGGAAACCGUGAAGGAGAUUGGUGGUGGUCCGAAGGCUACUGGGGCUGAUACCGGUAAGGCGACCAAGAGGAAGUAG